AUGUCGGAUUCGGAGGGCAGUAAUUACUCCGGGAGUGGCUCGGAGGCGGGUAGUGUUGUGUCUAAUCGGUCCAGACGAAGCGCUGCAUCAAAUCGCUCCGCUAAGUCGGGAUCUCGCUCCCGAUCUCAUUCUGGCAGCCGAAGUCCCUCGAGAUCACCUUCAAGGUCAAGAUCGAGGUCCAGGUCACGUUCCCGCUCACGAUCCAGAAGUCGUUCCGCUGGUUCCGAUGGCAGCCGAAACAGAGAUGAUGAGGCUAAGGAGGCUUCUGGUGAUGAAGAAGUUGAGGAUGAGCAAGAGCCUGAAGGAGAGGAUCUGGUGGACUCGGAGGAGUAUGAUGAGGACGAGGAGGAGGAACGACGGAGGAAGAAGAGGAAGAAGGACAGCCGCUACGGAGGAUUCAUUAUAGACGAGGCUGAGGUAGACGAUGAAGUUGAUGAAGAUGAUGAGUGGGAGGAAGGAGCCCAGGAAAUGGGCAUCGUCGGUAAUGAGGUGGAUGAGAUUGGACCCACAGCUAGAGAAAUAGAGGGGAGACGCAGAGGAACCAACCUGUGGGACUCACAGAAAGAAGAAGAAAUAGAGGAAUACUUGAGAAAUAAAUAUGCAGAUGAAUCAGCGGCCCUCAGACACUUUGGUGAGGGUGGUGAAGAGAUGUCUGAUGAAAUCACACAACAGACCUUGUUGCCCGGCAUCAAGGAUCCUAAUCUAUGGAUGGUGAAGUGUAGGAUUGGGGAAGAAAAGGCGACUGUGUUAUUACUUAUGAGAAAAUUUAUUACAUACCAGAACUCUGAGGAACCUUUCCAAAUAAAGUCAGUGGUGGCUCCGGAAGGUGUCAAAGGCUUCAUCUACAUAGAGGCAUACAAACAGACACAUGUGAAGGCUAUCAUAGACAAAGUGGGUAAUUUGAGAAUGGGAACAUGGAAACAGGAGAUGGUACCCAUCAAGGAAAUGACAGAUGUAUUGAGGGUUGUUAAGGAACAGUCUGGUUUGAAACCGAAACAGUGGGUGCGGCUGAAGCGAGGCCUCUAUAAAGACGACAUAGCUCAAGUAGAUUACGUAGAUUUAGCUCAAAACCAAGUUCACUUGAAACUUCUUCCUAGAAUAGACUACACGAGACUCAGAGGAGCUCUGAGGACCGUGCAGAGCGAGAGCGAAGCGGCCAAGAGGAAAAAGAAGCGGCGACCAGCUGCCAAACCUUUCGACCCUGAAGCUAUUCGCGCCAUCGGCGGGGAAGUGACUUCGGACGGUGACUUCCUUAUAUUCGAGGGAAACAGAUACUCCAGAAAGGGUUUCCUGUAUAAGAACUUCACCAUGUCCGCUAUAUUAGCGGAGGGCGUCAAACCUACGCUCACGGAACUGGAAAGAUUCGAAGAGCAGCCGGAAGGUAUAGACAUCGAGCUGGCGGCGCCCGCCAAGGACGACCCAACCAGCCUGCACUCGUUCUCUAUGGGAGAUAACGUGGAGGUGUGCUCCGGGGAUCUGGCCAACCUGCAGGCCAGGAUCAUAGCUAUCGACGGCUCCAUGAUCACCGUCAUGCCGAGGCACGACGCUCUCAAGGACCCGCUCGUCUUCAAACCCAACGAACUACGGAAGUACUUCAAACAGGGAGACCAUGUGAAGGUCCUGGCGGGAAGAUACGAGGGAGACACCGGGCUCAUCGUGCGGGUGGAGCCUCACAGGGCGGUGCUCGUGUCGGACGUGACGAUGCACGAGCUGGAGGUGCUGCCGAGGGACCUGCAGCUGUGCUCGGACAUGGCGACCGGCGUGGACUCGCUGGGGCAGUUCCAGUGGGGGGACAUGGUGCUGCUGGACUCACAGACGGUUGGCGUCAUCGUGCGCCUGGAGAGGGAGAACUUCCACGUGCUCGGCAUGCAGGGCAAGGUGAUCGAGUGCAAGCCGCAGGCGCUGCAGAAGAGGAGGGAGAACAGGUUCACUAUGGCGCUCGACUCCGAACACAACUCCAUACAGAAGAAAGACAUCGUCAAGGUUAUCGACGGACCGCACGCCGGCCGCGAGGGGGAGAUAAAGCAUCUGUACAGAAACUUCGCCUUCCUGCAGUCGAGGAUGUAUCCCGACAACGGAGGGAUCUUCGUGUGCAAGACGAGGCACCUGCAGCUGGCGGGAGGAGCCAAGAACGCGGCCGCCAACAACGGACUGGCUCUGGCGUUCAUGUCGCCCAGGAUACAGUCACCCAUGCACCCGUCCGGCAGGGGAGGGGGCCGGGGCCGCGGGCGGGGCGGCAGGGGGGCCGUCGCCAGGGACAGGGAGCUCAUAGGACAGACCAUCAAGAUCACGGGCGGACCCUACAAGGGCAACGUGGGCAUCGUGAGGGACGCCACGGGCAGCACCGCGCGCGUGGAGCUGCACACCAUGUGUCAGACCAUCUCCGUGGACCGAGGACACAUCGCGGCGGCCGGCGGACCCAACGGGAUCGCGCGCGGGGGAGCCUCCAGUUAUGGGCGCACCCCCAUGCGGGCGGGCGCGCACACGCCGACGUACCGCGAGGCGGGGCUGAAAACGCCGCUCCAGGGGAACGCCACGCCGAUCUACGAGGCAGGGGCUCGCACGCCGCACUACGGGUCCAGCACGCCGGCGCACGAGGGAGGCAGGACGCCCGCGCACCCCGCCUGGGACGCGGCCGCGCACACGCCGCGCCCCGACCACGACCUGCUGCUGGCGUCCGCCUCGCCGCCACCCGCCGCCUACCAGCAGGGGCCCUUCACGCCGCAGACGCCGGGCACCAUGUACGGCUCCGACCAUACGUACAGCCCCUACCGGCCCAGCCCCAGCCCCGGCACGUACGCCGGAUACCUGGCCACGCCCAGCCCGGCGCCCUACUCGCCGCGCUCGCCCUACACGGCCGAGGACGCGGACGACUGGCACGCGCCGGACCUGGAGGUGCGCGUGCGGGGCGGCGCGGAGCCGGGGCUGCGCGGGCAGACGGGCGCGCUGCGCAGCGUGUCGGGCGCCACGUGCGCCGUGUACCUGCCGCUGGAGGACCGCGUGCUCAACCUGCCCGCGCACCUGCUGGAGCCCGUGCUGCCUCACAGCGGGGACCGCGUCAAGGUGAUCGCGGGUGAGGACCGGGAGGCCGUGGGGCAGCUCAUCUCCAUCGAGAACCAGGAGGGGGUCGUCAAGUUCGGCUCCGACGACAUCAAGAUCAUGCAGCUCAGGCAUCUCUGCAAGAUGGCCUCCAACUGA